UUGUGAGCGUGAAACACACACGAGCCGCGAGGAUGUCCGGCAGGUCGGUGCGCGCGGAGACCCGGAGCAGAGCGAAAGAUGACAUCAAGCGGGUCAUGGCCGCGAUCGAGAAAGUGCGAAAAUGGGAGAAAAAAUGGGUGACUGUUGGAGACUCAUCGCUGCGGAUUUUCAAGUGGGUACCAGUGACUGAACCAAGGUCAGACGAUAAAAAUAAGAAGAAGAAAAGCAGAGGUGAGAAGUUUGGCUUGGAGGUCACCACACCAGAGAGCAGCUCCUCUCCGGGAAUGACAGACAUAAAUGAUGAGAACAGCAAUCAGAGCUCCACCACUGACGGCUCUCCAGUGAAGCAGGAUAACGGCUGCAGUAAGAGUCCUGCUCCACACACCACUGUCCCUCAGAGCAAUAGGGAUGAAAAUACAACAGAUUGGACGCCGUCACCAGACAAAGGUCAGAGCAACUCCACCUCCUCAGAGACCUCAGCACCAGAAAAAGAGGCACCAUCAGAAACUUCCAGGGAAACUCAGGUAGAUCACAGCUAUAAAGUGCGUCUCCUGAGCAGCAGGUUGUACCAGGAAAUGGAAGAGGACGCCCCUCCCAUUAAGAAAACCAAGUUGGAGUCUUCCUCUCAGGACUGUGAGAAGAGCUGAAGCUGUCUUUCCCUUAAGGUGGGAAGCCAGUGUUCCCAUUUCAGCCGUCAUAGUGGAAUGCUCACACUCGCCAUGUUGCCAAGGGAACCUUUGCUCUUUCACCCUCCUUCCUCCUGCUAGUCAACUUUUAGGAAAAGGAUGUUGCAGCAUUCAUUGUGCCUGCGUACAGAAGGCCUUGCGCGGAAGGCCGACCUCCUCCUGUGGGAUGCUGGUGUCUGCCAUCUUGGCUCCAGCUUCCAACGCCAGCAUCUCCCAUGAAGCAGUGUGGCUGAUCCAAAACAUCAGUGCCCUGCCUAGAGUUGCCACGCUAACAUGCGGUUUUGCUGGCAUAGUCAUCUACAUUUUGAGUAAAUGAUCUCUUUUGGUUGGGGUUUUGGUUUAUUGACAUGCUUGACAGUUUUUGGAACGACUGAUGAGGGCGAUUCCUGUCUAGCGGAGAAGUGUAGCACAUUCCUACUGAAGACUGGAUGCUUGUAAAUGUGAGAGGUUUUUUUUUUUUUUUUUUUUUUUUUUUUUAAACCUCUCUCAUGAACUACAUUUAAAGUAACUUUUCAGUAAUUAGCUGACACUAGAACUUACGGCUGUGGUUUUCUCAGUAACCAAAAUGCAACAUAGCUGCCGAUGUCAUCUAAGGGCAGUUCUGUGACUGCUGUUGUCUUUGUCUCCGUUACUAUUGAAGACCUCUACUGAGGCACCAGUUACUGUGGAACCGAAUGGAAAAUUGUGAAGUCCUAAUUACAAUGUAUGUAAAUUACUACUCUUGUAUUGCAGGGUUUUUGAAGGGAUCUCUAGGGGGCAAAGCCUUAUAAUAUACCUCAUUUCCAGACCAACAGUGCUGGACUUUUGGCAAUAUGGAUGGAAAACGGAUCAAUUAUGUUCACCAACAAGCAUAAUUUGGAAGUUAUUUUCAUUUUUGACAGUGCAUAUUCUUGUUGCAGUUAACCUUUAACCUCACUGAAAGCAGAUAAAUACAUUUGGGGGGAAAAUUGGGACCAGGUUUUUUAAUCUGAUUUUUAUCUUGUACACAUACACAGGUAUGCAUUUAUUUAUUCUGCCAUUAGAGUUUAAUCAUACUCGACUAUUUCAAUUAAAGACCUCAGACUGGA